GCGCGCCGUGAUGAUGUAAUGGCUUUGUGCGCUGGGCGGCCGGUGGGGGGGCAGCGGGAAGAGUGGCGACCGCUUUCCGUGUUUUCUCCCGACCGCUCGCCGUGCUGGGGCUCGGGCUGCGUCUGCCUCCGGCGCCGGGUCCCAACGAGGCCCGUCCUCUUUUCUUUUCCCGCGUAUAUAACUGAAACCUAUUUUAUGAAACUGACUUUUUGUCAAGUAUACCUUUUUGAUGCCUGGUAUUUGAAACCUCCUAACUAUGCCAGCAGCUACGGUAGAUCACAGUCAAAGAAUCUGUGAAGUUUGGGCUUGCAACCUGGAUGAAGAGAUGAAAAAAAUUCGUCAAGUUAUACGGAAAUUUAACUACGUUGCCAUGGACACAGAAUUUCCAGGUGUAGUUGCACGGCCUAUUGGAGAAUUCCGAAGCAAUGCGGACUAUCAAUACCAGCUACUCCGCUGUAAUGUAGACUUACUAAAGAUAAUUCAGUUAGGGCUUACCUUUAUGAAUGAGCAAGGCGAAUAUCCUCCGGGAACUUCAACGUGGCAAUUUAAUUUUAAAUUUAAUUUAACAGAAGACAUGUAUGCCCAGGAUUCUAUAGAAUUACUAACAACAUCUGGAAUUCAGUUCAAAAAACAUGAGGAAGAAGGAAUUGAAACACAGUACUUUGCUGAACUUCUUAUGACAUCUGGUGUAGUGCUAUGUGAAGGAGUCAAAUGGCUUUCAUUUCAUAGUUUCCCAGGUCAGAGGAAGGAACAGCCACAUAUCUCUGCCCUUUGUGUACGCUUAGCAGAUUUGAUGAUCCAAGGACAACUGGAAAUUCUGUUAUUUCAGAAAAGUGGCUAUGACUUUGGAUAUCUGAUAAAGAUCUUGACAAAUUCCAAUUUACCUGAAGAAGAAGUGGACUUCUUUGAGAUACUGAGAUUGUUUUUCCCUGUCAUUUAUGAUGUGAAGUACCUUAUGAAGAGUUGCAAAAAUCUCAAGGGUGGCCUGCAAGAAGUUGCUGAGCAGUUAGAGUUGGAGCGGAUAGGUCCACAGCAUCAGGCAGGAUCGGAUUCUCUGUUAACGGGCAUGGCAUUCUUCAAAAUGAGAGAGAUGUUCUUUGAAGAUCACAUCGAUGACGCCAAAUACUGUGGUCACCUGUAUGGUCUUGGUUCGGGGUCAUCUUAUGUACAAAAUGGGACAGGAAAUGCAUAUGAAGAAGAAGCCAACAAGCAAUCAUGACAUGAAAUGGAAAGCCACUUUUUCUGAGCACCACAUGCUUGUACAUAGGUUUUAUCUCUGGUUGAAUCCCCUUGGACAACAAGGCUCCCCCCCCCCCCAUCAGCACACUUUUUUUCUGCCUUUGUAUGUACUAAAUCUGACUGUUCCUAUCCCAGUUUCUUGAUCUUGACAUUUAGGCGUUUCUGGGUGAAAUGUGGCCUUGUACCUUCCCAUUUGUACGUAAGCACAUGUAGGAGCAGCGUGGCAGAUAGAAGAGGAAAGCUGAAAUGAUAAUGAAAUUUCUGAUAAACUUUGAUUGGUCUUAGUAUUGGUUUAUUAUCCCCACCCUCCAAAAAAACAAACAAACUUGAACUAGCACUGAUUGUAGUCUAUUUCCCUUUUUGAUGUUCAUCCCUUCCACUGUACAGGAGUUUUAGCUAUUCAAGAUUGUGGACCAUCACAUGUGCACUUUAGAAGAGUGACUCUGAGUCAGAUCCUCUGUUUUAUCUGAAAUUUUGGUUUCUCUUCUCUGAACUAGGCAAAAUGUUUGUCUGCCCAACAGGGCAAGCUCAUGGUUGCCCCGCUGUCUGCCCAGUUUCAAAUCCAUUAAACCCACUGCAUUAUCUCUGUUGAAAACUACUGAAAUCUUAGCAGCUGCUCUUGUAUGUAAACUGGUGUCCGGUCUUCCAAAUGUAUCCUGCACUCACCAGCUUUUAAUUGGCUUGCCAGUUUAACACUGCUCUGACAGAAAUAACUAGGUGGAGUCAGGAAGAAUCACCCCUAUGGACACUCCACUGACUUGAGAGACACUUGUGUGGCAUCUAAUCUGUUAAUUUCCUGGUGGUCUGUGUUAAAGAUAAAGAAAUUCCUCAUGGAUUUGUCCCCUUUGAAAAUAAGCAUUACAGUCUUCAAGAAGGUGUCUGUGCCUAUCUUUGAUUUCGUGUCUGGGUGGAAUAAUUGAAAAGAUUUAGAGAGCAGAUAGAUGAAUAGCACACACUGAUUAUGGAUCCAAUUCUUAUUCCUGUUUCAGCCAGCUAUGCCCUAAAUACACUAUUUUAAAAUCUUAUUUAUUGUCUACUUGAAUAGAUGAACAUAACUCAGUUUCAGAAUAAGAUCCAAAGAUUUGAAACCAACGUGAUAUUGAACUAGAUAGAAAAAGGAGAAUAGGUGUGUCCUUUUUUUUGAACUCAUUGCAAAGGACAUUUCUUGUAAAACAACAAAUCUGUUUGUACCUAAUAAAGUUACCUGAGGCUUGUAA